AUCUAGACCCCACUCAAUAAAUACUCCUUCCCUUCUUUCUUCAAUUCAACAUAAAAAUCACAACACACCAACUUCUCCAUCGUCUUCGUUGGCUCAUUCGAUUCCUUAGCUUCACAUCUCCAUGGCGCUGCACCGGUUACUGAAGAGGAAAGGAGGCGUCGAUGAACUUAACGACGAUUUCCCUCUCGCUUCUCCGGCAACCAAGAUUCGCCGUCUCGACGCUGAGUUGCCGCCAAUUUUGGAAGAGGACGAACCGUUACCUAACGAGGAGAGAGCUCUCGUUCUCUUCAAGCCUCUCGUCCAUUCCCCUUCCUCUUUCUCUCUCACUCUCGAUUCUGACCUUAUGAAAGGAAUUAGGAACAAUCAAUAUCUGUGGUCCAAACAAUGUGAGCGCGUGACAGAGUUAGAAUCACGUGAGGAGGAAAAUGAUGAUGAAUUGGCUCUUGUGCCUUGGGUACCUUCACCUUCUUACCAGUUCUCCGCUGUUGAUGAUUCUCUCAACACAAAUGUCGAGUUGAUGGAAGCUGAUGAAAUGGGAGAAGGAGAAGGUGUGGGAUCCAUGAUGAUGGAUAUUGAACAAGAAGAUGACACUGACACUGACGCUAAAACUUCAACAUCAAGCAUUCACUACCCAACGACACACGGUGGAAUAACAGAGGGGUUCCAGCAACACUGCUUGUUACCAAAGCUUCCUCACAACACCUCAACUCCCAUUACAUGGACCCGCUGAAAUUUGUUUUGUUUUUUAUUUUGAUAGUAUAUACCACUAUUUUCUUUGCUGUUAAGCAAGGUUUUCUCCUAUUUGGGAUAAAGGGGUACUAGACUAGAACCUAGUGGACCAAACUAGUAUUUAGCUUGCUUUUGCGGUAUGGGAAUCUCUCCUUGGAAGAGGCCAUCCAAGUGCAACGAAGAAAAGAAAUUAAUGUAUAUAAUGUCUUGUUGUCGCCAUCUUUGAAUUGCUGCAAAGGAAUGAUCUGGAUAAGAAAAGCCAAUUUAUUACUACAGUAA